CACGUGACUCCGCAGCGUCCUUAACAAACGUCAAAUGUCAAACGGGACUCGCUAAUCAUCCCAGAAAGAAAUUAAAUACAAUGAAGCAAUAAAAGAAAAUGAAGAUAAGCUAAAAACCCACAAAGUGAAUGAGAUAAACCAAUGAACAAUUCGAUCCGCAUCUCGACCUGAGAUUGGAUCCGUGCAGAGACAUUAACCUCUUUGUAAUUAUGGCUGAUGACUAUCCAGAGCAAAAUACGCUAUCAUCGUUAAUCAAAAAGCCUCCAUCAGACUGUACAGAAGCUGAGCAAGACAGUGACAGUGUGUGGAGCAGUGCCUCAGAGUGCCAGAGUGAAAUUGAAAGCAGAGGAACAUCAUCAGCAGAAUUAUUCUCAAAUGAACCUCCUACAGUGCGAGUAAGGCCAGAUGAUGAGGAUGAAAUUGAGACAUUAAUCCGAGCUGCAGAAUUGCUGGCAUUAGAAAGAGCAAAGCUUCGACAGUCUCACUUUAGUGCAUCAGGGAUAUCACCUUCGAAGGAAAAUACACCAAGAGGCCCUCAGCAAGGCCUAGGACUCACCACUCCCUUAAAAAAUAUAAAGAACUAUUACAGCCAUUCACAAAAAUUUGUUGGGGAUACUGACUCGGGUUAUUUUGGCAACAAUAAAGAACCUAACAGAGCUGAUGAAGCUCUGACUUCAGGAAGCUUUCUUCACGAAUCUAAUAUACAAGCUGCGAAUGAAGUAAAUGGAAAGUUCACUAAUGUGUAUGCCUCUGAUAAAGACAUACCAAGAAAUCACUGUCAUUCAUCACACAGCACCAGCCGAGGUUCACAAAGCAUAGAUCACUUCUUCACACCCAGCCUUGAGACAGCAGAAAAAAUGAACAUAGAUGAUAUACCACGAUUAUCUCUAGAUUCCAUGGGGAGCAUGAAUCAAGACAGAGAGGCCUACGAGGAGAGAACAAGAGUUAGCAAGGAUGUGAAAGAAGUGUGUAAUUCAUCAAUCCGAGAGUUUGCGAGUGAAGAAUCUCAGAAUCCCCAAGGAAGACCAUCCAUAGGGGGAGUUGGUGAUAGUGUUCCCUUUCGUGAGAGUUUUAGGAAUGGGACUUCUGUCGAGAUAUCAACCGCUGUACAUGACGAGUGCAGUAAACUAUUGAAAUUAUCCCUCAACUCGACCAGCAGUCUUGCACAUGUUUUGAGGCUGUUGCGGCAGGUUUUGACCUUGCAGCUAAAGACAGAAACUUCUUGCGUAGCUGAUAAUGCACUUGAAGAACUUGAGGAAUAUGAAGCCCAGCAUUCUACUUUGGAGGCCAAGCUCAAUUCUGCGGCAGUUCAGCUACAGGGAGUCGUGUCUCAGAUGCAAAGUAUGGAAGCUCGUCUAAUAGAGCAGGAAGAGGAUGCAGUUCGAACGGACCAGUGCGUUAUGCAGUUGUUACAGCAAGUUGAAGAGGGACUUUCAACAAGUGGCUUGGAGCAUUUCAUGGCCAUUACUUCUCCGAGAAGAAGAAGCACCUUGCGGACCUUAGAAGAUAUUACAUCUGCAAUGACACUCUUGCUUGGAGAACUCAAAAGAAAGACGUCACGUUCACGCAGUCUAGAAGAGGAGCUCCAGCGAUGUGCCCUCGAAAUAGACUCAUUGAGAGAGGCUGUCCUCCAGAAAGAAGCAAGAAUGAGAACUUCAGAUCUUGAACUACUGCGCCUGAAGGAACACAACAACCGGGACUACACCUCCCUGAAGCAAUGCUUGGCACAAGCGGAGGAGAGCCUGAAUGACUCACAUGCAGAGAGAGCACGCCUAAGUGAGCUUAUUAAGAAACAGACAGCGGAGCACGAGGUGACAAGACAGAGACUUCAGCAUCAAGUUUCAGAGCUUCAGCGAACAAUGGACUCAAGAGUAAGUGAACUGGAACACAGUCUUCAUAAUGCUCUUAAAAAGAAUCAGGCAGAUGAAUCUACAAUAGAGGAGCUUAGGAAUCAGCUCAGUCUCAAAGCAGAUCAGGUCAAACUGGUAGAUGAGGAAAAUGGCCUUUUAGUUGAAGGGUUGAGGUCAACUCUGAAGCACCAGCAAGCAGAAAUAGAUCAGUUACGCUUGCAGUUAGACUCGACAGUGGCUGAAAAGCAGAGUCUGUCCAAGAGGGUUGUAGAUCUAGAGACUGCACUACAUGCUGAACAAGAAAAGCAUGAGAAAGUCCAAGAGGAAGCAUCAGUACUAAGGUCUGAUGUUCGAAAUCUCAAAGUCGAGCAUGCCGAAACUCUGAAGAUCUUACAAGACAAAGUGGAUAAUAGCAUGGCUGUGAAAUGUGAUCUAGAGCGACAGAUACGGUCAGCUGAUUUUAAGUUUCUGCAGCUGCGGACUGAGAUGCAGAUGGAAAGGCAUCGGUCAGCAGCUCUAGCAGAGGAAAACAGUGAUGCUAAUAAGAAGAUUCAAAACCUGCAAGAACGUAUUUGGAGCCUAACACGCAGGAAGAGAUUCAGUAGCGGGGACAAAAGCAAGAGCUUUGAUGACAGCCGGACUGGUGCAAUUUCCUCCAGGGACUCAAGUUCAGAAUAUGGAAGCAGCAUCAGCCUCUUUUCCUCCAGCUUAAGAGCUGAUACUGUUGAUCAUGUACAGUCUCUGGUGAAAGAUGUUGGUGAUGGACAGAUGAGAGAGGAACAGCUUCAUGCAAUGCUGCGUGAGAAGGAUCGUGCUAUACGCAGCUUACAGGAGUCUGUUUCUACCCAGAUUACCAGCAAAAAUCAAGAACUUGAAGACCUGACAGGGAAAGUAUCAAGUCUUGAAGAACAACUUUCAUCAUUACUGUCAGGACUUGAAGUCAGUGCAGCUAUUGGAAAUGUGACAACAGAAGUGGGCCGCCUUCUUCAGCAGAGGACAGAACAUUUGAAAUCCAUAGACCACUCCUCACAGUGGCUUCAGGAAGAAGUGUCUUCUCUUGCAAUGGAGAAUCACAUCCUAACUGCAGAAUUAGAUGCUACAAAGAAAAAUCAAAUGGGACUAUCAUCAGAAGCACAGGAUUCAGCAAGAAGGGCACGUGAAGAAGCACGUCAAGAAAGACUGAAUGCUACGCGCAUGCAGGAAAAAUGUUUGCGUUUGCAGGCCCAACUGGAAGCAGUGCAAACAACUUUAGAUCAGGAAAGACAAGAAAAGAAGAUGAGGGAGACAAUUCGAGGAGUUAAGCAUCAAGAAUUUAGCAUGCUUCUAGAAAAUGCUGCUGCAGUUCAAGAAUCUCUUGAAAAGACCUGAUCAGUUGAAGGGAGCUUAGAAUCUCUCCAGAGUACUACAUAUCACUUUAUUUGUUUAAUGAAAGAGUGGAAUAAGCUAUAACAUAAUGUAUAUGUUAGGAGGCUGAAGGUUGGAUAUUUUUGCGGAGGAAACCAAAUCAAGCUUAAUAAGAAAGAAGUUAGAGUUAUUUAUCUAUAUAUUUUUACUGCAUAUUUCAGAAUUUCCUGAGAAACACAAUCUUCCCAUAUAGGAUUCUCAUACUCAUGUGUGCAGUGGCUAGUUGAUACCGGUGAAUAACAAAAAGCAAUAUCAGAUAACAUCCACAAGAUACAGAUAAUGACAAGCAUAAUAAUAUAUAUUUUUACUAGUAAUUUAUGACUCUAUAUGAUAUAUAGAACUUUCCAUAUUACCAAAUAAAGUUGCAUUGCAAAACCCUUAAGUUUGUGUAAGUUUUGCUCAUAUGUUCGUAAAAAAGAAAGUGUGAGUUGUAACAUUCGUUUGCACUUCUGUAGGGACAUACACCUUCGCUUCUGUUCUUUAGCCAAAGAAUGUGGUAUUUUCCAUUGCACUUAGAAUAUUACAUAGAUUAUACUGAGAAUUAUGUAAUGUAUGUAUUUGGAUACUGACAUGUUUUAUUCUGUAAUAAUCUUGGAUAUUAUAACUUACUUCAUUCCUGCAAAAUGAUGUCAUUUAAUUUUAUAAUAAGACAUACUACAGUUUUUUUUAAGAUUUUUAAAUUCAAAAUCUGAAUAAAUGUUGCCAAGGUAAAAAUACAAAGCUGCAUAAACAAAUAUUUUUCCCUUAUAACUUUGUACGUAGGAAGUAGUACAAAUACAAUGCAAAAUUUAGAACUUAGCAGAGAAACGAAUGGAAAUGGAUCUGAUACAUAUCUUUUACAAGUGAGAUUAUGUAUUUUGAUUUUAGUAGAUAUUAUAUCUUUCCUGUAACUUAAAUAAGAAUAAUAGUUAGUGAAUGUUUCAAUUCUUUUUUGUAUUUGGUUGAUUUUUUUAAAAACAGAUAAUAAUGUUAGGUUCACAUUCUAUAAUAUAGGUAGUAUGAGAAACCAAGAGGAACAAUGCGAGGUCUUUAUGUUUGAUUUAUAAUUUGCAAAGAGAUGAAAAAAUCCAUGGUGAUCAUUUCUCUCUUUUACUGAAUAGAGUGUUAAUGCAAUCCAUUUGAAUACUGAAUUGCUGUGCUUUAGUGUAAUGUAAAACCAAGACACAAAUGACUUGAAUACUAUUUUUAUUAAGAUAUGAUAUCAACACAAUUUUUUUUGUAUA